AUGGCACCGACGAAGUAUGUUGAUCGCCCUGUGCCGACAAUCUCCCUCCGCGACUUCGAUGCGCGCAUCGAUGUGAUUACAAAGGAACUUGUCGAUGCUGCAGAGAACCACGGCUUCUUCUGCAUCGUGGACCACGGCAUAACACGCGACGCUGUCGACGGCAUCUUCAACCAGUCAGCGCGUUUCUUCAAUCAGCCCGAUCCCGUGAAAUCGCAAGUGCCAUUCUCCCCUCAACACAACGCCGGAUGGGAGAAGAAUGCUCAAAUCCGGCCAUCUACUGGUGCAGUCGACCGCAAAGAGUCUUAUCAAAUGCAAUUCGGCGAAGGCAUGAACGGUCGAUGGCUGAGUGACCAGACCCUUCCGGGGUUCCGAGCAGAGGCUUUGGAGUUCAUGCACAGAGUACAGGCAGUCAGCGAGAGGCUCAUGAGGUGCUUCGCGCGAGGGUUGAACUUCGAGGAAGAUUACUUCGUCAAAGCUCACGAUGUCAGCCGACCAGAGUCUCAGACUGUCUGCCGAUUAUUACAUUACUUUGAGACUCCACAGGUGCCAAAUCCAACAGGAGAGGUGCAUCAUCGAGCGGGCGCACACGCCGACUGGGACUUCUUGACUCUGCUGUUCCAGAAAGCAGGGCAGUCUGGUCUUGAAAUCUGUCCGGGGCGGGAAGUAUCAACUUCGUUCGGGUACGGGGAUGCGUGGACCAAGGUUGAGCCGGACGCAGGCAAGAACGCAAUCGUCUGCAACGUCGGUGACCUCCUUAUGUCGUGGUCGGAUGACCGCUUCAAGUCGACCUUUCAUCGUGUCAAGGCACCAUGUGAGCCUGAUGACUUCUACGGCGAGCGCUACAGCAUCGCCUUCUUCAAUCAGCCAUGCAAAGACGCCAAGAUCCAGGGCCCACUGAAGAAGUAUCCAAUGGUGACGGGUGAGGAGUUUACGAGGAAUGCCAUGAGCCGGAAUUAUCAGGCUAUACAAGAUAAACUAAAGAAGGAGAAGGAGCCGGCGGUAGCGGUUGUCGAAGUGAGCGCGACGGUAGCUGAGAAGCUGCCCGCCGAGUUACUAGAGUGCAUACUGCUGGAAGUUGCAAAACAUGCUGUACCGCCAGUUACCGAAGACGAAGACAGUGGGUCUGUUGUCUAUCGAUACGCUCAGGAAGAGGAGCAAGCGUGUUCGCUUGCAUUUCGCCUCACGAGCCGUCGCUUCCGUAAUUGUUCAUGGAAGGCUUUCGGUGCUUACCUGGGCGAAACGAUAUUCGAUCUGAGAUCGGGUCAGAGUAUAUCCAACCUUAUUGCGGUGUCUACAUGCGAGCAUCUGGCUCCUUGGGUUACGAAACUUAUCAUAGCCUGCGCUGAAGUGCCCCCGGGGUACCCACUCGAGCAUGGGGCAGAUACGAUGCAGAUGGACCAGGCAGAGUGGGAUCAACUACGCCAAGACUCUUACUCAGAUCUACUUCAAAUCAAAUUGGCUGAAGACUCUUGGUACCCCCGCAUCUGGAAGCAGAAGGGCUACGGAUCUCCAAUGACCGGUAGCGGCAUUCCUACUUCCGCAACGCCUCCACGUCUGGCUAGAGCCUGCAACUCUAUGAGUAUCAUCCAGGAGGCCGGGAUGAGGGCCCUCCAAGAGGUCUUAGCCCAGGCUUUGUUCUGCUUCAAGAACUUCGACCAUAUCGGAUUCUACCACCAGCCUCGUACCCGACCCGGGCGAUAUCAUAACCUAUUCCGGAAGUUUCGAAGUAUCUCACGCUUCCGCGAAGAAGAGGAUAUGAGGAAUGUCGGUAAUAUAGCUCAUCUUGGCCUUCACAUCCUCAUUCAUGCCAUGGUAGCAUCGAAGAUCACAGUCCGCACGAUGACUCUGGCCGUCGAUCUCGAUGAACAUCACGCGUUCAUCACUAACAUCCCCUCUGUAAUCUUCGCGAAAGCCAGUCAAAAGGCUCGGUGCAUAUCAUUCGAGAGCCCGGCAGACUGGGAAUACCGCUCCGCGUUGGAGUCCGUGCGCAAUCUUAACGUCGAGACACUUGAGAUUGAGCAUCGUUACGGGGAGGAAGCCUUCUGGAAGUCGAUCAACAGCGAAGAAGCGGGUGACGAAUCGGAAGAUUCAGAGACGUUAGAUCUUGAGGAGUUCCCGAAAAAGCUUGCGAGAACAGUCAAAUUUCACCCGCCUUCGUUCAAAGUUGCACUAGAACGGUACUGGCUCAAAUAUCCUGAAGGACAGUCAGGUGGCGAUGAGUGA